UUAAUCGCUCUUGCUCUGUCUGUCGGUUAUCGUCGUUAUCGACAUACCACUCUGUUACAUCGACGAUUAGAAAAUAAUCUAUGUACUUUGUACUAUGUACUUUUGUGUCUACCUAUAAUCUUAAUACCUCUUGCUGUAUCAGUCAACUAUCGACAUACCACCGACUCAGUAAAUUCAGUUUCAUCGUUUGUCGUUGUCCGUAAAUUGUUAACAUGCCGAAAAUAAGUAGUUCAAUUUGCAACAAAAUUCGAGGAUGGAUUUCUUCAGCAAACCAAGACACCGAAGUUUUCACUACAGACGGAAAAUUAGUAUUUUGUAAUCCUUGUGGAAAAUCUAUUGUUUGUGAGAGGAAGUCUCAGGUAGAUCAACACUUAAAAACAGUGAUAGUCAUAAAAAAACUGAAAACUCAAAAUAUGACUUUACAUGAAAGUUUUUCAAUAAUUGACGAAAUCAAAGAAAAAAUUAAUUCUAUUCCUGGGCCAAAAGGUGCAACACUUACUACAAAAUUAAAUGAGCUUUCCAAUAAAAAUAAAGGUUUAGAAAUUCUACGAAAAAUAAAUGCAGUACUAUCAGGCGAAAACGUUCAGCUCGAAGAUGUUUAUCAAGACCCGAAAAUAAUAAGUUGCUUCAAAUAUGCCCCAACAACUUCGGUUGACGUCGAACGUUCGUUUUCAGUAUUUAAAAAUAUGUUAACUGAUAAACGUCAUAGCUUCACUGAAGAAAAACUUGAAAUGCAUAUGAUCAUUCAUUUUAAUAGUAAAUAA